AUUGGCCGCAUGUCUGAGCUCGACAUGGACAAGAUGUACCAUGACCUGAUGCGUUCCCACGGGUUUCGUCCGGUGUCCUCCUCUGCUCCAACCGCCACUCUGCUCGAUGAUGUAGCCGCCGUGCCAUCCAACAUGCCAUCUGGAACUCCAUCUGCCAUCCCUGUUACCGGUCCAACCACCAUUCCAUCCGAGACCCUCAACGAGAACAACUACACCCCCAUCGCUUGGGAGCCUCAGCCGGAUGUAGAUCCUAACGCUCCUCCACCCCCUCAACCGAUCUAUCCAGCAUACACCGGACAGUUCCAGUCUGGCCCAGCUGCUAGAGCAUACCGGAAGCGCAACCGCAUAGCACCCAAGUCUCUCGCAUCGGAUGUCGAGCGUGUCAAGCGUUAUGGACGCAUGUACUGGGUACGCCGCAUCUACGAGUCUAUGAUCGACAUCUCCAACGUCAGUGACAGCGCAAACUCCAUCCACCGAACGCGGUUCAUGGUAGAACAAGCAUUCAAUCCCUUGGAUCUGGAAGCCGCAGCACACCAUGUAUUCGAUGAAGCCUUGGCUGUGCACGAGCGGGGCUGGGUCCGACCUACCAUCUACCACAAAAAGGUGGUACGUGGCAAACUCACAGACGUCAGCGAGAAGUGCUUGGAGAGGCGGCUGGCUCGCAUCUGUCUUUGUCUCCAGCAGAAGAAGGCGACGGUUGAUGACGCUCUCCGUGGAGGUGUGACUCUUGCGCUUCUGUGCGAUAACCCUGAGGCGAGGGGCUUUACUAAGCUUUCCAACAACGCCGGUAACGCAAAGCGUGGAGAGCGACUGAGAGCCGCAAAGGAG